AGACAUCUUUCUCUCUUUGUAUUUCCGGCGCGGCAGUAUUUUGAAUUGCUUAAUAGAAUAUGAUUUUUAGUAUUAUUAGAUUCUUUCUCUGAAACAGACAAACACAUUCAGAAAUCUAUACAGUUUUUAAAAUGUCAGAAAUUGAAAUUAAGCGCAUUGUUUCCUUUAGCAGUGAAGAUAAGGUUCACAAAGCUGAGAAUUUAUUGGUGCCGGAAACUUAUAAGAGAUGGAAUUGUGCAACACCAGGGGAAAAGAAUGCAAUUAUUAUAUUGCAGUUUGAGAAAGCCACUGAGAUACAUUCAAUUAAUAUACAGAAUGAUGGUUCAGCCUUCAUUGAGGUUCUUGUGCGUCGAUCAUCAGAUCGCUUAACUGAUUAUCAGGCUCUAUUAGUGGCUUCACCUUUCAUGAGCCCAUUCGAAAGUCAAGCUGGAAUUUUCACCAACAGGGUCCAGAUGUUUGGUCCUGAUAAAUUGGCUCAGAAUUUGAAAGAUGAGAAAUGGGAUUAUAUAAAAGUUGUGUGCACUCAGCCAUUUAAUAAGAGUACUACAUACGGUUUAACAUUCAUAAAAUUUCAUUCUCCAUCUGAAAAUUUUGAAGAACAGCCUAAGCCUGAAACAAAAACU